UACUUAACUUAAAAGCCAAUCGUUCUGCGCGGUAUACCAGCCACCCUAAAUGACGAGACACUGAUUGGCUGUGGCAAGGAAAACAAAGCCAUAGCAGUUGAGCCGUCGGUGACACUUGAUUGAUCCUGGAAAAAAAGGAUAAGGAGAAAACUGUUUUCAAACUUCUGUGUUAAAGAUGUCCCUUGCCGUAAAUACAAGGCCCGGUACUUUCUUAGGACAAAAUAUAAAUAAAAGUGAUUUUAUAAAAAGUUUCGAAGUAAACGCUUAUUAACGCCUGGUGCCAGGUAACAGUUUCCAUGGCAACACGCUUAGAGGCAACAUGGAGUUCCUACAGUGGGAUUGUCAUGAUGUUGCGAGAUGGAUUGAGUCUUUAGGAUUUCCGCAAUAUAAAGCAUGUUUCACGGACAACCUCAUAAGUGGAAGAAAGCUUAUUUACGUGAAUUGCAUCUACUUGCCAAGACUGGGAGUCACAGAUUUUAAACACAUGCAGGUCAUCUCUGCAUGCGUGCGUGAGCUGCUGGGGAUCACAGAGACCCUGUCGAGUCGCAGCAUCGCUGACCCUCCACUGGACACCGUGGUCCUGUUUUUGGAGAAAAAGAGCCGGACCGGCGAGCGGGCGGACAGCCUCACAUACCAGCGGUUCCUGAGGGACAUGCACUAGUGAAAGAAAGAAAGAAAAGCAAAGAAGGAAAGUCUGAAUCACAACAGUAAAGGAACGCAUCACAAAAAGCCUAA